UUUCUUUUGCCUCCUCUGCUGCCGUGGACACCUACACACAACAACACCGCUCACGAGCUUUCUCCUUUCCCCUGACGGAGAUCUUCCACGGCACACAACACCAUGGCUCGCUUCUCUGCUUUCGCCUUCUUGGCCAUCUUCACAUCCGCCGCGACGGCGUUCGUCACCCCUCUCGCCGGCGUUCAAAUGGGCAGGAGGUCGGCGUCCGCCAACGUGGCCACAACGCGCAUGAGCGCAUCGCCUGCACCGAUGACCGCCCCACCCACGGCGGAAGAGUUGAAGGAGAUGGCGCUGUCCUGCCAGGAAGACGGGUGCUCGGUAGAGACCGUGUCUACCCUGUUGAACCAGCUCAAGUCCAAGAAGAAGGAGCUCGAGAUGCAACUUGUCACCGUGGAGGACGUCCUGACGAUGAUGGGCGACUCGUCGAAGUUGGCAGAGAAGGGCGAGCUCGAGAAGCUCGUUGAGGCAGUCGGCCGCGUGUUCUCGACCAACGACGGCACGGACUACAUCCCGUUCCCCACUGGCUAUUCCGGGGAGGUCAACAAGAAGCAGAAGGACGCGUGGGACUACAACGUGAACACGCCGUUGAAGCCCGUCAAGCCCGUCUACAAGAAAGAGUAAAAGGAGCACCACCUGUUCUCCGUACUUUUUUUAUGGGGCCGUGGACAAAAUGAUGUCGCGGCCUCGGAAAGCCCAAUGGGGCUCCAUCCAGGCUUGUGUACGAACCGAGAAGCAGCAGUCUUUGCAAAUGUCAAUGUCAGCAGCAGCAGAGCGGGGCCAGUCGUUCGGCUUGUUGGUUGUUGCGAAUUGUCGCGCAAAAUGCCGUGGGGAGUCUUGGAGCGGUGUGGAUGGGGGGUAGGAUAGAUUUCGUACAGACACAGGCGUCUCCCGCUGUGGAUUCUCAAAUGAUAAGGCGGCAAAAAGUAAAAAAGCCGUGUUUGGCUCGGCUGCUGCUGUAGCACCAUUUUGAUGUCGCUGGUGGCCGUGUCCGAUUUUGAGGAGGAAGAGAAAGGCCCCUAGGCCCCUCUUAUUAGAGGUUUCGUGGGUUUUGCUUGGCGAGCUGGCGCACACACACACGUUUUUGGGUAAGUGUCUGCCCGGACUCUAGACUUUACACUGCCUUCGUUGGAUUGGACGACGGCGACGCUUACUCUCGAAUUCUUCUGCGUGUGAACAGGGGAUGCUUGUCUUCUACUUGUUCUAUGUACGUUUCUGUUUAUAGGACGACGCGCGUACGAGCGUUCGAGUGUACCUGCGAGUAUUCUAGUGACGAGAGAACAACGAAAAAGAACCACUCGCUUGCUCUGCGUUGUUUCACGCCGUGAAGGAAAACUAAAUGGCUACUUCCGGUGUGCGCGAUAUCUUUCACGCCAUCGUUGGCGGCAACGACGCGCUUCAUUAUUUGGGC